AUGUCAUGGUUGCAAACUAAGGGUGCUUUUCCAUUAGGCCCAAAGCAGCACUUCCUUCAACAUUUGGGUGUUCAAGCUGCUGGUCUUACAGGAAGAAGUCAUGUCUAUAGCUUUGGAGUGGUGCUGCUACAAUUACUAACAGGGAGAAGGCCAGUGGGGAAUUUUGGGGAAGAAGGUCUAGACAUUGUUCAAUGGACCAAGUUGCAAAAAAAUUGCAGCAAUGACAAGGUGGUGAAGAUUCUUGAUGAGAGGCCAUGUCACAUUCCCUUAGAUGAAGCAAAGCAGGUAUACUUUGUGGCCAUGCUAUGUGUUCAGGAACAAAGUGUGGAGAGACCAACCAUGAGGGAAGUGGUUGUAAUGCUUGCGCAAGCAAAGAAAGCAAACACAUUCCAAAAGCACUUACCCAGAAAAGUAGCAGAUAAGCUCAUUGGAAUCCAGCGCAGCUUUUUAUGGGGAGAAGGGUCGGAGCAAAGGAAAAUAGCGUGGGUCAAAUGGGAAACUAUCUGCCUCCCAAAACAAAAAGGGGGCCUGGGUAUAAAAGACAUAAGGACCUUCAACAAAGCUCUUCUUGGGAAGUGGAGAUGGGAUUUGUUUCACCAAAGCAAGGAGUUGUGGGCCAGAAUAUUGGCUUCUAAGUAUGGUGGGUGA